AAAGGGGUCGUUGCUGUGGGGGUUAUCCUAGGGUACUCCGUUCUGGGUUCCAUUCAUAUUCCUAACCCAAGCGAACCCUGCCGAAGUUCCUUAGUACCUCUGAAACAUCUGGCUGGGUUCAGAAGGAUCCGACGGUGCUGGUCUCAAGAUUUACAGAGAACCUCGAAUUUGACCGUGAGACUGCAGGAAAAAGAGGCAAGAAGCAGCAGUGGUGCAUCUGCGUGCGUGCGUCUGUGUGUGUGUGACUCCAACCAGGCAGUAUGGCAGAAGCGCAUCAGGCUGUGGCCUUCCAGUUCACGGUCUCACCAGAGGGCAUCGACCUCCAGCUGAGCCACGAGGCCCUCCGGCAGAUCUACCUCUCGGGCGUCUACUCCUGGAAGAAGAGGUUCGUCCGCUUCAAGAAUGGGGUACUGACAGGAGUGUACCCAGGGAGUCCGACGGGCCUAAUGGUGGUGCUGGCAGCCCAUCUAGGCAGAGCCAGGUACUUCCAAGCAGAUCCUUCGUUCGGCAUGUUCACACACCUGGAGAGCUACGUCCCUAUAAGCAGGUACAUGUCUCCUGACACCCAGCAGAUCGUAGGAGGUGUGAUGGUGGGCACAGGCCUGUGGGUGGGCAUAUUCUUCGUCAUGAGGACAGUGCUGAAGGCUCUGCUUUCCUGGCAUGGCUGGAUGUAUGUGCCACGUGGCUCCAUACCCUUGAAAGUCCGCCUCUGGUCGGUUCUGGUGCGGCUCUUCUCUGGCCACCGCAACCCACAGCUCUACAGUUUCCAGACGUCUCUUCCACGGCUGCCCCUGCCCUCUAUUAAGGACACCAUGAGUAGGUAUCUGGAGUCUGUGCGGCCCCUGUUGACUGAUGAGGAGUUUGUGCGGAUGAAGGGACUGGCUCAAGAGUUUGAGCAGAAUCUGGGGCCACGGCUGCAGUGGUAUCUUCGCCUCAAGGCCUGGUGGUCCUCUAACUAUGUGAGUGAUUGGUGGGAGGAGUAUGUCUACCUCAGAGGGCGUGGCCCCAUCAUGGUGAACAGCAACUACUAUGCAAUGGACUUCCUGUACGUGUUCCCCACACACCGGCAGGCGGCGAGGGCAGGCAACGCCAUCCACUCCAUCAUGCUGUACCGCAGGAAACUGGACAGAGCGCAGAUCAAACCGCUCUUUGUGCUGGAGAACCGGGUUCCACUCUGCUCUGCCCAGUUUGAGCGCUUGUUUAACACCGCACGCAUUCCGGGCAAGGAGAUUGACACACUGCAGCACUAUACGGAUUGCAAGCAUAUCGUGGUGUACCACAAGGGGCGCUAUUUCAAAGUGUGGAUGUUCUAUGACGGCCGUCUGCUGAUGCCCAGAGAGAUCGAACAGCAGAUGGAGCUCAUCUUGGCCGACGACUCGCCACCCCAACCAGGAGAGGAACCGCUGGCCGCCCUCACUGCUGGAGACAGGGUGCCGUGGGCCUGUGCCCGUGAGGCCUACUUUAAGCACGGGCGCAACCGUCAGUCGUUGGAAGCCAUUGAAAAAGCCGCUUUCUUCGUCACCCUGGACGACACGGAGCAGCGCUACGACGCGGACAAACCACUGGAUUCAUUGAGCAGCUACGCCAAGUCCCUCCUCCACGGAAAGUGCCACGACAGGUGGUUCGAUAAGACCUUCAACCUGAUCGUCUUCAAGAACGGAACUAUGGGCCUGAACGCCGAGCACAGUUGGGCAGACGCUCCCAUCAUUGGACACCUGUGGGAGCAAGUGUUAUCCAAUGACCCCUUCAAGCUUGGCUACUCAGAUGAAGGACACUGCAAUGGCAGCCCCCACCCCAACAUGCCCGGCCCUAUGCGUCUGCAGUGGAGCAUUCCAGCUGAGUGCCAGACCAUGAUCAACCACUCCCUGGUGACCGCCAAGGCGCUGGCUGAUGAUGUCGACAUAAUCAUCAUCCCGUUCCACAACUUUGGAAAGGGUCUGAUCAAGAAGUGCAGGACCAGCCCUGAUGCCUUCAUCCAGAUAGCUCUGCAGCUGGCUCACUUCAGGGAUAAAGGGCGUUUCUGUCUGACCUAUGAGGCAUCCAUGACGCGCUUAUAUAGGGAAGGACGCACUGAGACUGUCCGCUCCUGCACCAUGGAGACCUGCGCCUUUGUCCGUGCCAUGGUCAACAACGAGCCUAGGGAGAAGAAGCUACAGCUGCUGAAGCUGGCUGCAGACAAGCACCAGGACAUGUACCGGCUGGCCAUGACAGGCAAGGGCAUCGACCGCCACCUCUUCUGCCUCUACGUUGUCUCCAAGUACCUGGGCGAGGACUCCGACUUCCUCAAAGAGGUUCUGUCUCAGCCCUGGAGUCUCUCCACCAGCCAGACUCCACUGCAGCAGGUGGAGCUGUUUGACUUGACCAAGCACGCCGAGUAUGUGUCCAGCGGAGGGGGCUUCGGACCGGUGGCAGAUAAUGGUUAUGGAGUGUCCUAUGUGAUUAUUGGUGAAAACCUCAUCACUUUCCACAUCUCCAGCAAACAUUCCGGCAAAGAAACGGACUCCAAACGAUUUGGCGAGAACAUCAAGAAGGCUAUGUUGGACAUGGUGAGCUUGUUCCAGUUGACGCCGAACCCUCUCUAAUGACGCCACACAUGGCCAUUAAAAGCCAAAUGUUGUCAUCUUA